UCUUUCUCCCCCCUCCCCUCCCUCCCUCUCUCUUUCUCUCUCUCUCUCUCAAGGUGUAGGAGCUCUCCUUUUCCAGACCAGAGAGGGGCGCCUUUCCUGUUCCCUUCUCCCUCACCCACCGAUUUUUUUUUUAAAUGGGGAAAAAAAUCCAAGCCGGGAGUAAUAGCGAGUGGAUCUGCUCGGAGCUGAAUGAAUGGAAGCUGCGGGGCGGGCCUGCGCGGACGGCCACCCUGCCCACGAUGCGGUCCCCUCGCGGCCUGUAGGGCCCUCGCCAGCCCCUCGCCCUCCUCCCGCCCCGGGCAGAGGCCGCCGCCAGCUCCGCGCCCGACGCCGAGGCCGCGGCGGCCGAGGGGAAGGUCGGAGGGAGGGUGGUUUCCUCCCGCCCCACACCCAGUCUCCGAGCCGGAUAUAUAGAGUGUCACGUUUGGGAGCCGAAAGACGAGAGCAGCUUCCUCGUGGCCGGAGCACUUCCCGGAGCCCCGGGGAAGGACCGGGAUUUAGAGGACCACUAGUUGAGCCCGCCCCGCGCCGGAGGAGCAGUUUACUGACUGGUGUACAUCAUCUCAUCAGGGCUACUGGCCUGCCACUAAGCGCUCUAAUAUACCAGUUAUCGGAAUUCCAGCUGAGUUUGGAUGAGAACAGCAAAAAGAGACAGGAACCUCUUUCCGAAGCUAUAAAAGACAAAGGGAAGAGCCAUGUCCAUGAUUGCAGAUUUCUAUGGUGGCAAGUCCAUUCUCAUUACUGGGGCCACAGGCUUCUUGGGCAAAGUGUUGAUGGAGAAGCUAUUUCGCACCAGCCCAGAUCUGAGAGUCAUUUACAUCCUUGUGAGGCCCAAGGCUGGCCAGACCCUGCAGCAGAGGGUUUUCCAGAUCCUAAAUAGUAAGCUGUUUGAAAAAGUCAAAGAAGUUUGUCCAAAUGUGCAUGAGAAGAUCCGAGCUAUUUCUGCAGAUCUCAAUCAGAAUGACUUUGCCAUCAGCAAGGAGGACAUGCAGGAGCUUCUUUCCUACACAAACAUCAUCUUCCACUGUGCGGCUACUGUGCGCUUUGAUGACCACCUGAGACAUGCCGUGCAGCUUAAUGUCACUGCCACCCAGCAGCUCUUGCUCAUGGCCAGUCAGAUGCCAAACUUGGAAGCCUUCAUACACAUCUCUACUGCCUUUUCAAAUUGUAACCUGAAGCACAUUGAUGAAGUCAUCUAUCCAUGCCCUGUGGAGCCAAAAAAAAUCAUCGACUCCAUGGAGUGGUUAGACGAUGCUAUUAUUGAUGAGAUCACACCCAAGCUGAUCGGGGAUCGGCCCAAUACGUACACCUACACCAAGGCCUUGGGAGAGAUGGUGGUGCAGCAGGAGAGCGGCAAGCUCAAUAUUGCCAUCAUACGGCCCUCCAUCGUGGGAGCAACCUGGCAGGAGCCUUUCCCAGGUUGGGUUGAUAACAUAAAUGGACCUACUGGGCUCAUUGUUGCGGCUGGGAAGGGGUUUCUUCGGUCCAUAAGAGCUACUCCGAUGGCUGUGGCAGAUUUAAUUCCAGCAGAUAUAGUCGUCAAUCUCACCUUGGCUGUAGGAUGGUACACGGCAGUUCACAGACCUAAGUCAACAUUGAUCUACCACUGUACAUCUGGCAACCUCAAUCCCUGUAAUUGGGGCAAAAUGGGGAUCCAAGUCUUGGCAACCUUUGAAAAAAUCCCACUUGAGAGAGCUUUCAGGAGGCCAAAGGCUGAGUUCACAACCAACAACGUCACAACCCAGUACUGGAAUGCAGUCAGCCACAGGGCCCCUGCCAUUAUCUAUGACUUCUAUCUGCGGCUCACGGGAAGGAAGCCCAGGAUGACAAAACUCAUGAAUCGGCUUUUAAGAACCCUUUCCAUGCUGGAGUAUUUCAUCAACCGGAGUUGGGAAUGGAGCACAUACAAUACAGAAAUGUUGAUGUCCAAGCUGAGUCCUGAAGACCAAAGAGUAUUCAACUUCGAUGUGCGCCAGUUGAAUUGGUUGGAAUACAUUGAAAAUUAUGUUUUAGGAGUUAAGAAGUAUUUAUUGAAAGAGGAUAUGGCUGGGAUCCCAGAAGCAAAGCAACACUUAAGAAGGCUCCGAAAUAUUCACUACCUCUUUAAUACUGCCCUCUUCCUCAUCGCCUGGCGCCUUCUCAUUGCAAGAUCUCAGGUGGCUCGGAAUGUGUGGUUCUUCAUCGUGAGCUUUUGUUACAAAUUCCUCUCCUACUUUAGGGCGUCCAGCACACUCAAGGUCUGAGAACAUUUGGCGAUCUCCUUUUGUUUGGAACCUCUCAGAUACCUCUAAAACAGCAACUGUGGUUCUCAAGCUUAGGUAGUAACAAAUAUGUCCAAGUCAUUACCUGUCAAAUGUGCUGUCACGUAUAUCCUCAUUUCUUAACUAUACAUUUUUAUUUCAGUGAGAGAAGGAAAGUCAUAUCCUAGCCUAUAAUCGUACAUGUUAGGAAAAAAUUGUUUCCUGAUUGUUUCCUAACACUCUAUUCUAUGCUCUUGAAUAUAAAACACCAAAGUACACCCAUCUUCCCAUAUUUAGCUUUUUCCUCCUUGAGAGGACUAAUUUCAACUCAAUAAACAUGGAAGAACACAUGGUAGAAGCUGAGAUAUGCUAAAGAAAGGCAGUUCUAACCUUGGAACCAUUCUAGUGUACUUAGUAUAAAGGUUUAAAAUCAAGGUAAGUAGAGGAAGGAAGGUCUCAACAUCUUCACAAAUGCUGUUAGAGAAAUAAUUCUCCACCGAGGUUUCUGCUUUCUUUUUGUGUUAUACCAUGGAGUCCUGUUUGAGGGCUGGGGGAAUUAGAAAAGUGGGUUCACAUUUAACAUUUUCCUUAACUAUACCCACUUCUGAAACCUAAAAAAACCCAAGAGGUGUAAAUAAUUAUGUAUAAAGUGAAGGCUCAAGUGUAUUUUCAUUGGGACUCUCUAUUAUGCUUUUAAGUAAAAAUUAGUUCCCGUAAUUUGAAUUUGACAUCGAUUAUUUCUAAAUCUUUUGAAUCUCCAGUUUUCCUGAUAACCUCCUAAGGGUUUCCCUCUUCUUCAUUAAAGUCUCCAAAUCCUUUAAGUUUAUAUUGCUCAGGCCUCGAUUAGAGAUUAGAGUGACUAAUGUUAGAGGAAGGUCCUAGGCUAGAAUCAUGUAAAAACCCAUUUCCCUGAUCUUUGCCAUUGAGGAAAGCAAAAUUUCAAAUAAAAUUUUAAAUGCUAGCUUUAGCUUUUUCUAUAAGUGGGGAAGUUUACUCUUUCACCAGGAUUUGCUAGUAUCUUGAUCACUCCAGUUGCAGAGUGUUACCUGUAGAAUGUGCAGCAGAAAAGGACAGACUUCAUUAAGUGACUCUAAGUUUAGAGAGGGGCUUCCCUAGUGGCGCAGUGCUUAAGAAUCCGCCUGACAAUGCAGGGGACAUGGGUUCGAGCCCUGGUCCGGAAAGAUCCCACAUGCGCAGAGCAAUGACUGAGCCUGCGCUCUAGAGCCCGCGAGCCACAACUACUGAGCCCACGUGCCACAACUACUGAAGCCUGAGCGCCUGGAGCCUGUGCUCCGCAACAAGAGAAGCCGCCGCAAUGAGCAGCCCUCGGCAGCUAGAGAAGCCCACGCACAGCCACGGAACACCCAACGCAGCCAAUAAAUAAAAUAAAUCUAUAAGUUUAGAGAACAGGUGUUGUUUUGUUUGUUUAAAAAUAUUUUAUGUAUAAUGCAAAUGAGUAAAAAACUAAUCUCAAAAUCCUGUAUUAAUAAUAUAACUGUUAUCCCAACUGUCCUCAUAUUUGCGAGACGAGUGCGCGUCGGAUUGCAGCAUUUCACGUUAAGAACAUGGACUGUGACUCACAUAGAGUACCCAGGGCCUAAGCAACUAAAACUCAUCACAGCUACUCGGAAACUACGUGAGCACAAAAUGUUAACGAGUUGUAUUUAUGCUCACUGAGAUAACUGGUUAAUACUCAGAAAGCCACACGAGGUGGCGGAAGUAUACCAGGGCCGUGAGGAUGACUUCUAGCCCAAUAUUACUUGAGAUUUUUCUGAACCCCAUAAAGGGCAUUUGGGGGGGAACUCUUCUGGGCAUGUCUUUCCCAAUCUUAUCUAAGUUCUGGGAACUACUUCCCAGGGCAGACAACCCAGUUCUGAAACAAAGUACCUGGUUAUCUUCUGUUCGAGAUGUCUGUAUGACAUGUUUGAGUUACACUGAUUAAGAUACAAACUGUAGAUAAUGAUAAAAAUGAAAUCAAGAUACAAUUCAAUGAAAUUGGACAAAACAUAAUAGUUCUAAGAAUUUACUAUCUUUUGAUUAUUUUAUGUUUCACCAAUUCAAU